UUCAACUAUUAUCAUUUAUUCCAAAUAAUGACAUCAUCAAUUAAUAUACACACGUGAUACAAUCUACACUGGUAAACUAAAUCUAGAAAUAAAAUCAUUGUGCAAUAUAACACCAUAUUUGAUUUUGACUUCCCAAUUAUGAACUAAUAUAUUUUGUCAAUUCAGCCCCGAUUUUAAAUAUAUAUAGAAAAUAUGUUUUUAUUUGGUAUAUGUGACAAGAAAAUUGGAAAUUUUAGAGAGAGAAAGAUGGUCAAAGAGUGAAAUCUCUACUUGACUUGACUAUUGUCUAUUAGAAUCAGAUUAUUACAUAAAAUUACAUAAAUAUUUAUUUAAAAAACAAACUUUCAUUUGGUCACAUAUGAACAUAAUCAAAGAAAAAAUAUUUAGUAAAUUAAAUUUUGUAAUUGAACAAAUCCAACCAAAUAAUCAAAUCCAAAAUCAUAAUCCACUUUUAAAUGUUGGUAAUAAUUAGCAUUGCUUUGAAAAUCCAAUAAGUGGAUUCACAUAACUCACAAUGUAAUUUAAUUCUUUCAAUAUGGACUUUAAAUUAAAUAUACACAAAAAUAAUAAUUGAGUAAAAUAUUUAUUUUGGGCACCUAAUUUUCAGCUACCAUAUUUAUAAAAAUAAUAUUAUUAUUAUUAUUUUCCAAAAGAUAUGCAGUAAAUAUUCUCAUUAAAAUUACUUUACCUAUCUAUAUUUAUGGUGCGUAAAAACGUCUAUUAUUAAUUCGCAAUUUAAUGCCACUCCAAAAGAUUAUGUUUCCUUUUUUUUUUUAAUUGUUUUUUAAAAUAUUUUUCAGUAUAAAUAUAAGUGAUAAUUUAUACCCUUUUAAUAAACGAAAAUAACGAAAAUGCCAAUUCAGAAAUCAUUGCAAGAGUGCCUCUCGAGAAUGAAAAUUGCCAACAAACAAAUUCAAUUACCGAUGCGGAGCUGCACGCACACCAGGACGACGUCGUUCGCCGUCGAGGCGAAGGGGAAGGAGAGCGGCGGCGGCGCCGCCGUGACGUUGUCCGACAUCGACCAGUUCCUAUUCGAGAAUUUCAGGUCUCUGUACCAGAAGGAGUACGAAGAGGAAACCUCGAAGAGGAAGGAGGCCAAAACGGCGCCGUUUCUGCUAGAAUCGCCGAGGUUUCUCGAUCCGCCGCCGCCGGAGAAUCUCUGCGGCUCGGCUAGGUUCUUCGUCACCACCGGCUCGUCGAGCUCUCUAAUCAUGGACGAGGCGAGCUCCUCCUCAACCUCCGCCGCGGACCACGCUUCCGCCGAGACGACGUCGGAGGAGGAGGAGGUGGCGGCGGAUCCGGCGGCGGCGCCGGAGGAUUUCAUCGCGCUGCUGACGUACUCGCCGAGUCCGUACGAGGAUUUCCGGCGAUCGAUGCAGGAGAUGGUGGACGCGCGGCAGGAGCACAAUGGAAAAGUGGAUUGGGAAUUUCUGGAGGAGCUUUUGUUCUGUUAUUUGGAUUUGAAUAACAAAAAAUCGUAUCGAUUUAUACUGCGAGCGUUUGUAGAUCUCAUCGUUGUUUUGAGAGAGAAUGCCGGGAGGAAUCCGGCGAGUAAUCAGCCGUGGAACGACGGCGGUGCUCGGAGAAGGUAGCUUCGAUUUUAAAAGAAGAGAUUUAAUGUAGUGUGCAUGAGUUUAGUUCGUGAUUUCAUAUUUUCUGAAAAAAGAAAUAUUGUACAUUAAAAUUAAAUUAAAUAAUUUAUGUUGUUUUUUCCUUCCA